UUCAGUAGUAGGCUACUGCUAUUCGUUUGUUUGAAGAUGGUGUUAAUGCAGGUUGUUCUGGUCUUGCUUUUUGUGGCCUCUACCUUUGCACGAAAAGAUGUAGUAAUAGACUGUAAAGCUAAUUCAGUCACUGUUAAAUGGAGGCCUGUGUUGAGCUGGGCCCAAAAGGUGGACCCUUCAAAAGCUCGUCUGGGUGACUGUCCACCCUCAAGUUUGAAUGAGGAUGUGCUGCUGUUCUUAGUUUGGCUGAAUGACUGUGGCUUCAGAAGACAGGUGAAUGAGGACAAGGUGACCUACAUUAAUGUGCUGACAUAUGGACCAGACCCUGAACUUCCUCCUGAGCCAGUAGAGUGCAUUUAUGACACAUCUGGAAAGAGGACUAACUUAGAAAAGAUGGAGAAUGACCAUGUCUUCAGUAUGAAGUUUAUGAACAGUGAUUUUAGUGGGCCUGCCCCAUCCUCCAUGUUCACCUUGGGCUCCAGAAUUUCCAUCAAGGCUGAGGUGGAGCAGCAGGGUCUUCAGCCUCUGCAGAUUUACCUGCAGAGCUGUGUGCUAGCAACAGCUCCAGACCUCACUCAUGCCAGCCAGCUGCAUACCAUCAUUUCCAAUACUGGGUGCCUCAUUGAAAGCAAAGAAGGAAACUCGAUGUUCUUGCCAAGACAGAAGCCCUCUGAAAUCCGCUUUUAUUUUCAAGCCUUCAAGUUUGCCUUAGGAGAAACUAUUUUCUUCCACUGUGACAUGGAUGCAUGGGAUCACAAGAGCUUUGGUGAAGAUAAAAAGGCUUGCUACUACUUGAAAGAGCAAAGAAGGUGGGAGCUUCUGGAUGAUUCAUACCGAAGUUACAUCUGUAGGUGCUGUGACUCUGCUUGCAUAAAAAGAACCAGCUUUGAGUCUGGGGCAUCUACAAAGAAGGUUAUUGGACCUUUUACAAUAGUUGAAGCUGCUCAGAACAAUGCAUCAGACACAUUCUGGACUGCUGAAGAAGGAUUGAUUGGAGUUCCGGUGUGGGUAGUGGUGGUCACCGUCCCACUAUUGCUGCUAUUAGUGGCUGGAGCCAUUGCAACAGGAUACUACCUGUGCUUUUGGAGAGGUGGAAGACUAGGAUAUCGACCUAGCCGAGAUCUUCUGACAAAAUAUUAAGCUUAAUAAAGAUAAGUAUUCUUAAAUGGCUAACGCCUGGUUCCUGAUGUUUCUUACACUGACAUGAGGUGGUUAAAUUCUUACUGCAGGUUGACUUUUCCUGCAGAGAAUUUGGUCUUUAAAGUAAUGGUUUGGUGAAAAACCUAUUCAUGUAAUUCCAUUUUAGAUGCUGUUGAGAAACCAAGAUAUCGUCGCUGUCCAAUGGAAAAACGUAUCUCCAUUUUUUGCGAUUUUUACUUUUCUGCAUUUCCAUUUACUUACAGUGAAAGUAAAGAACAUUUUUGUCCUCUCCUGCAAAGUUACUAUUUAAGAUACUUGGUUUUCUUUGGACAGCAACGAUGUGUCAGUUUUGCUUUUUUAUGUUGGCAGUAUGAGGCUAGCAUUGCUAACAAACUCUAGAAGUAGUCACCCAGUUCCCCCCCAUCCCUUCCCUUUUGGUAAAUACAUCCCGCAAACUUCUCUCAAACUGCAUCCAGGUCUUCCUGAAGGUCUUGCACACUUGUCAGUGUCAUUUAGGGCCUCAACAUGCAGAUGUUUUAGACAACAGGUGUUGUGCUGAAUUCUGACUCCCUGUCGUGUGUAUCAUACAGGCAUACUGAUUCCACCAGUUGCAUUUGUUUUGUUACUUCAACAGUUAUUCAUAAUAAAAUUUUCAAAAUGAAUCUCUAGAAAGAGAAACAAUGGAAAUUGUGAAUAAUCUAGCGUCCAUGUGCUUGUGUGAUGAGUAUAUAUGCAAGUGGAGUCACCAUGGCUGAACUAGCUGCCUGCUGCAUUUUGCUACAGUAUUUUGCUUUUAUAGCUCACUGUCAU